CGCUGAGAGGGGUGGAGAGGGGAGCACUGCGGGAGUUUGCUUUGUUCAGUUGAGUGAGUGCUGUCGGGUGUUUCUGCUGGUUAUGGUGUUGGUCCCGUAUCGGCUGUGGCUCUAGUCUACCUGCCAAUAUUCCUUCCUUCUCUCCUCCUUAUUUCCUUCCUUCACAGUUUACAUUCGACGUUUCAGCAGCAACCAUUCUUCUGGCUCCUGUUGCUGGCCUAUUGUACCAGCAAGGAGUGCGAAGCGCGUAAGCGGUCAGAAUGAUUGAUCCAAGUUCGUCGGAAGAGGAGAGCGAGGAGGAACAACAAGAAGACCACCAGCAACACCAGCAACACCGCCAUCAUCGCCAUCAUGAACCUAGCACCGGAAGUCUCGAAGUGCCCGGAAGUCUUCCCACCCUUCCAAGGUCACUUUCACCUGCUAGUGCUGUGUCCACCGAGACCCUCAGUCAUAGCACUGGUGCAUCCAGAACCAACUCUUUGCCUCGAGCUACAAGUCCCAGCCCCUCAGUUGUUAGUGAGAAGGCCGAAGCUGAGCUGCAGGACAAACAGGAAAGGGAAGAAGAAGAACGUAAACGAAGAAUUCAGCUGUAUGUGUUCAUAUCACGAUGCAUCACUUACCCAUUUAAUGCGAAGCAACCAACUGACAUGACACGACGGUAUACCAAGAUCACUAAACAGCAACUGGAAACUAUCCAGGGGCGUUUCCAGAGCUUCCUGAAAGGUGACACUCAGAUUAUGGCAGAUGAGGCUUUCCAAAAUGCCGUACAGAGUUACUUUGAGGUGUUCCUGAAGUCUGAAAGAGUGCUGAAGAUGGUACAAUCAGGCGCCUGUUCACAACAUGAUUUCCGAGAAGUGUUCAGAAAUAACAUUGAAAAGCGUGUUAGAUCACUGCCAGAGAUUGAUGGGCUAAGCAAGGAAACUGUACUUACAUCUUGGAUGGCAAAAUUUGACUGUAUUUUUAAAGUAGGUGACGACGAUUCAAAAAGGCCAUCUAGGAUGCAACAGCAGUCCCUCAACAGUGAACUUAUCCUGUCUAAGGAGCAGCUGUAUGAUAUGUUCCAGCAAAUUCUUGGAAUCAAGAAGUUUGAGCACCAGCUGUUGUUCAACGCCUUACAGUUGGAUUCUGCAGAUGAACAGGCCGCUGCAAUAAGAAGAGAGCUAGAUGGAAGAAUGCAAAAAGUUUCAGAAAUGGAGAAGAAUCGGAAGCUGAUGCCAAAAUUUGUUCUGAAAGAAAUGGAAUCUUUGUAUAUUGAAGAACUGAAGUCAUCCAUCAACUUACUGAUGGCCAAUCUGGAAUCCUUACCCGUGUCCAAAGGGUCAAUGGAUUCCAAAUAUGGGUUGCAAAAAUUGAAGAGGUAUAACCACAGUCGAAGGAGAAGCUCUGUCUUAAGAUCCCAAGGAUCAAUGGCCAAGCUGGAGGGGGAUUCGGCGGACAGUGACACUCAGCUCACGAAGUUGGAUGUAGUUCUGACUUUCCAGCUAGAGGUGGUUGUAAUGGAAGUGAAAGGUUUGAAGUCUCUGGCUCCAAACAGAAUUGUAUAUUGUACCAUGGAGGUGGAAGGGGGAGAGAAGCUGCAAACAGAUCAAGCUGAGGCUUCAAAACCAAUGUGGGAUACUCAGGGUGACUUCUCAACAACGCAUCCAUUGCCAGCUGUUAAAGUUAAACUGUAUACAGAAAAUCCUGGCAUGCUGGCUCUGGAAGACAAAGAGCUGGGAAAAGUGAUACUAAGACCAACACCACUAUCAUCAAAGGUUCCUGAAUGGCACAAAAUGGUUGUUCCAAAGAAUUGUGCAGAUCAAGACUUAAGGAUAAAAAUCGCGUGCAGAAUGGACAAACCACUGAACAUGAAGCACUGUGGUUAUCUUUAUGCAGUUGGGAAAGCAGUGUGGAAGAAAUGGAAGAAGAGGUACUAUGUUUUGGUGCAGGUGUCACAAUAUACAUUUGCUAUGUGUAGCUAUAAAGAGAAGAAGUCUGAGCCAUCAGAAAUGAUGCAGUUGGAUGGAUACACAGUGGAUUACAUUGAGCCUGCCAGUGCAAAUCUUAUGGUUGGAAUGGAUUUGGAAGGCGGUCGUUUCUUCUUCAAUGCUGUGAAGGAAGGUGACAGCAUACUGUAUGCAAGUGAUGAUGAAAAUGAAUGUCACUUGUGGGUGAUGGCGAUGUAUCGCGCUACUGGACAGUCCCACAAACCUACACCACCCAUAACACCAGCUGGAAAGAAUUCCACCAUUUCCAAAAUACAGGGAGAUGCUGACAGGGCAAGAAAGCAUGGGAUGGAGGAAUUCAUAUCUGCUGAUCCAUGUAAAUUUGAUCAUGCAUCCCUCUUCAAAAUGCUGCAAACAUUGACACUGGAUUAUAGACUGAAUGACCCAUACUGUUCCCUGGGCUGGUUUAGUCCAGGGCAAGUGUUUGUACUGGAUGAAUACUGUGCAAGAUACGGAGUACGAGGAUGUUAUCGCCACCUGUGUUACCUUAGUGACUUACUGGAUAGAGCGGAGAAGGGCAUCAUGAUAGACCCAACAUUAAUCCACUACAGCUUUGCCUUCUGUGCUAGCCAUGUACAUGGCAACAGUGUACCUAACGGACAGUCCCCCACUCUAAUGCUUAACCGUCCUUUACUUAGCACGGAGGUGCUUGAAGAUACCUCUGUGGCCAGACCAGAUGGAGUGGGAACAGUUACACAUGAAGAAAAAGAAAAGUUCCAAGAAAUCAAAGAAAGGCUGAGAAUAUUGUUGGAAAAUCAAAUCACAAAUUUCAGGUACUGCUUUCCAUUUGGGAGACCCGAAGGCUCUUUGAAAGCAACAUUAUCCCUAUUGGAGAGGGUACUCAUGAAAGAUAUAGUAACCCCAGUUCCUCCAGAGGAAGUGAGAGGCAUGAUCAAGAAGUGCCUUGAGACAGCGGCUCUUGUGAAUUACACUCGCCUGUCUGCUGAAGCUAAAAUUGAAGGUCCGAGCGAAAGUGGUGAAGGAACUCUUCAAGAUGACCUGAGCGGCGAAACAAUGGUGGCCCCCAGUAAGAAACUAGAAGACCUCAUCCAUCUAGCAGAACUGUGUGUUGAUCUUUUGCAGCAAAAUGAAGAACACUAUGCAGAGGCUUACAGAUUGGAUAAAGCAUUUGCAUGGUUCAGCGACCUUCUUGUGGAGCAUGCUGAGAUCUUCUGGUCACUGUUUGCCGUUGAUAUGGACCAAGUGCUGGCAGAACAACCUCCCGACACAUGGGACUCCUUUCCACUGUUUCAAAUCAUGAAUGAUUAUCUGAGAACAGAUGACAACCUGAAGAAUGGGCGGUUCCACCAGCACCUACGGGACACAUUUGCACCAUUAGUGGUACGCUACGUCGAUCUGAUGGAGUCUUCCAUUGCGCAGUCCAUCCACAAAGGUUUUGAAAAGGAGAGAUGGGAAAUCAAAGGAAAUGGCUGUGCCACUUCAGAAGAUCUUUUCUGGAAACUGGAUGCAUUACAGUCGUUCAUUCGUGAUCUUCACUGGCCAGAUGCUGAGUUUCGGCAACAUUUGGAACAACGUCUCAAAUUGAUGGCAUGUGAUAUGAUAGAAUCCUGUAUUCAAAGGACUGACAAUGCUUUCCAACAGUGGUUGAAGAAAGGUGUCACCUUCAUCUCCACUGACUACAUCAUUCCAUCAGAAAUGUGUGCCAUGGUGAAUGUGAUAUUGGAUGCCAAGAAUCAGUCAUUCAAACUUUGUGCAGUAGAUGGAGUAGAUGUGCAUCAGUAUCACACCAAGAUUGAUGACCUGAUUGAGAAGACAUCAGCCAGUAUGACUCAAGGCAUGAUCAGCAAGCUUGUUUCAGUCUUGGAGACAACACUUUCCAAGCUAUCCAGAUAUGAUGAAGGAAGCUUGAUUGGAUCCAUCCUUAGCUUCACGAAUGUAUCUGGCUCUGGCAAAGAUAUGGGACAAGCUUAUGUCAACUUUGCUCGUAACUGUAUGGAUCAGAUUCGCAGCAAAGUCAAUGAUGAGCUGUGGAUUUUAAAUUUCUUUGAGCAAUGGUAUACAGCUCAGAUUCAUCUUCUGUGCAACUGGUUAUCAGAGAGGUUGGACCACUCACUGCACUUGUACCAGUGUAUGUGUUUGGCACAUGUUGUGAAGAAACUGUAUUCAGACUUUGAAUUGCAAGGGGUAAUGGAGGAUAAACUCAAUUCAAAGACAUACCAAACAGUUUCGCAACGCAUGCAAACUGAAGAGGCCACGUGUGCACUCACAAUGAGCACCCGACGUGACAAUGAGGACUCUGAGGGAUACCCUGAAACAGGUAUUGAGGAUGAUGGAGACAGGAGUAAACCGAAAGUGACGAUCAGGGAGACUUUGGGUGAAGAUGGAAACUAUGUAGCCAAGAUUACUAACGUAACCACAAAUGUGGUUGGUCGUAUGGGCAACAUGUUUGGCAAAGGCAUUGGUGGUCUCUCCAGCAAAUUUGGAGGUGGUAGCUGGUUCUAAAAUUGCAGUUAUUUAGUUGUAAUUUGUUGUUGAUCUUACUAGGCGAUAUGUUGAGUUUAUACUAUGACUGAGCUCUGCCUGUGAUUAUUUGCCCUGGAAAAACUAGACAACUGCCGUAUAAAGCCAACUUUCAGCUGCGCGACGGGUCAUAUUGGGCAUGCCAGUAUAUAUAUAUUAACAUGUAUAUAAUAUAAAUAUAUAAAUAUCAAAGAAAAAUUAGACAUAAUAAUAGUAUUAUCUUAAAAAUUAUGUGAGUUAAUAUUUUGGCAAAUUAUCUUGCAUAAUGUAUUUGAGUGUUGGUAGUCUGUACCUUGCAUGUGACCUCAGCCCUUAAGCCAGAGGUUUGCAUUGCAAGAACAUUGUAAAUACUAUAAAGGCAACUGUGACACUAACAUUCUUAAGUUUUCCUGGAGAGCUCUGUACAUAUAUUUUUUUCUUCCUUUUUAUGAAACAGAACUUUAAAUGCAAGACAGUAUGCAUCAUUAACUAUGUAAAAAUAAUCUUUGUUACAAGCAAAUUUUACAUGUUUGUGCAUGGUAUCAUGUUCAUACAAAGACAUCAUUGGCCAUUUGUUAUGCAUUUUACAUGCAAGUUAUCAUUUUGACAUUCGUAAUGUUUGGAAUAUUUGGGUGAGCCAACUAAUUUUUUACCAUUUUUAGCAUAACUUAGAUGCAGUAUUGUACAUAAACAGUUGUUAAGUGUCUCCUUUCCAAACAUAUUUGGUACUGAGCAGACGGCUUUACCAGACGCUGCUGACACCACCACGGACAGUUUGUUCAAGACAGUGAGUCAGUGAGUAAGUUGACUGAGUCAGAUGCCGCUGCAGUGCACCUCUAGUUGCUAGGCACAUGUUGGUGCUACAGAUGGACAGGUCGGAAACACUAAUUAGUCACAUUGCAUCGCUUAUGUGGCUGAGUGUAUGAUGCAGUAUUUAAUUACUGAGAAAUAUGGAAAUGGAAAACUUUCAAUAUUUAUGAAAAAAGAACACUGGCUGCCACAAAAAUCUUCUAAAAGCCUGAUGCCAGAGAAUCUGCAUAUAAAACAUAAGUAAAUACUGAAAAUUGCUGUACUUUAAUUGUAUAAAAUUCAAAAAAAAUAUCUGAUUUUCUUAAAAAUAUGACAUUUAAUAACAACCAUAUGUGCAUUCCUAUUAUCUCAUUUAUAGCCAAGUCUUGCUAAAUGUGUGCUACUUCUCUUCACAGUUUUGACAGUUUGUAUGAUUGUUGUUGCCAUAUGGUCACAAAGCAGAAGCAAACUUGAAUAGCCAGACAGUAAAAACUCACAGAUAUGUAGGAAAUAGAUAUAUAUGCAGACAAUAUCUGUGAUAAAAUUACCAUAGUUCUGGUCUUUGAACCAUGGUUACACUGACUGUUUCAUUUGGUCCACUUAUUUAUCAGCCUUCAGUUCCAUGACAAUGUUAAUGGCACCUACAUUUGCUAGCAAUUAGAAUGUACAUGCCAAACUAUCAAAUAGCAACAACUCUUUCUCAGUGUAGAAGAGCUGAUGGGCCUGUUUGUGGUAAGAUUUCACUGUUGCAAUAAUACAUAUUAAUUUCCUGUUGUUUUAUGUAUUUCCUUUCGAAAUUAUCAUCAACACCAUCUUCAUGUAUUUUACUGGUACAUGUCACCUUAUUGAGACUGGCUGUAAUGCCACAUUCAUUUUCCCUUCACUCUCAACGCCCUUGUCAGUAUGCAUAGCAUUUUGCUCAUCAGCUGUCUCUUCUAUGACCAACUAGUUAUUUACAAAACAAUAAGUUGUGUACUAAACCUAUGUGAUAAACCUUCAGUUUAAGCAGGUUCUAGAAGUGUCCUUCUGACUCUUAUUGGCAUUAUAACAGUUGUUACAUGCUGUCUGUGCCAUUAUUGUUACACAUAAGUACGGUAGUCACCUGUUGUAGGAAUCAUGUAAUAUAACUACCACCAUAUAUGCCAAAAGAAUGGUGUUUGUGUAUACAGUCAAGUACAAACCUGUUAUUAGGCUUCAAGAAUUGCCAGAGUGUGGUUUUUUUUUUGUAGUUCUCAGUUAUAAGCCUGUAGCCAUCCUGGGUAGAGGAAAUAUAUGUGUAUAUGCAGUUAUCCACUAUAUUUGAUACUUGUCUGUCACACUCAUUGAGCACAUCAUGAUCUACAUAUGAUGUCAACUAAUAUUCCCAUUGUUUCAUUUAGAAAUUUUUGUUACAGCAUGGUUGCUUUUUUACUGUAUAUAAUCUUAAUUUGCAAACACAGAAUUCACACAAAAUUAUAUAACUGUACUUUUUUCAUAAUGUAGUACAUUUUCUUUAAGGAAAAGUAUCAUUAUCAAAAUGUGACACCUUCAGGUCCCCCCGUCCUCCUAGGCAGAAUAAAACCAAAAGUGCACAUAUGGCUCCAUUUGAGGUUACCAGUAGUUAUACCUUGGGUAUUUGUGCCCCAUGCUUCAGUGGCACUGGGUAAAAUUUUAAUUUUCCAUUAUUUUUUUUUUCGCAGUACCAGUAAUAAAGCAGUUUAAUCUUUUACUGGUGAGUGGGUAACUGAAAUUUGAGGUUCUCACAAUAGUGUGAUGUGUCACCGUGUAAUCCGGUGGUUACUGAUUUUGGGGGAAACAUGCUGCCAUCAUCUUCAUGGUAGAAGAGAAAGUGGUUCUGAUAUCAGAAGCAAGACCAAGACUGGGGCUGGUGACAGAGCAAUAGGCGACUGUUGCAUUAAGAAAUAUAGAUAUGCUGAGGGCAAACAUAGGGAGAAAAUCUAAGACUUUAUUUUACUUGUAUUUCCUUGUCAUUUUUACUUUACUUUUGUUUUAUUUUAUCCCUUCUUUCUUAACUAUUUCCCUUCGACAUUGGCCCCUCCUUUUUUUUUUUUAUUUUAUUAACUUCACCCUAUGAAUUUAAUUUAUUUCUAUCCAUUUUAAUUCUAUUCCUGCCCAUCACAUUAUUAAAUUACUUACAAUUUGUUAAUUGCAACCCACAAUUCCAGUUUCGUAUCUUUCUUAAUAUAAUCUUCUCAUUUCCCGUUAUUUUGUGUGAAUUGUAGUAAAAAAUUUAGUUCUUUGAACAAUCCAUUAAAAGAUAGGACCAACACUGUUAUACCAUAUAUGAUAAUAUGUGAAACAUUUGCUAGAAAUAAUUACAUUAAAACAGGCAUUUUAUUGAUCUAUUACACUGGAAAUAUGUUCAUAUUAGAAUAUUAAAUUUUACUCUGCAUGACAACACUGCUAACUCUGUAGUGUGGUUCUUGCUCCAUGUCAGUGAGGUCACCGAAAGAGCACCUCACUGGGUGUGCUUGUGCCUAAGUUUUCAGGUUAAAAAUGUGGUACAUAUAGGGAAUUUCUCUUAUUUAUGAGAGAUAAAAAUAUGUGUUCAGACACAGAAGUAAUUGUAAAGCAAUAAACAUUAUUUUUUCUGAGUUACAUUAUAUAUAUAUAUAUGUUUGGUAGGAAUGAAAAUAGGAAGCUAUUUGCAAGAAGUGUAGGCAGGUACUGGUGUGUCAAAGACUUCUUUUUGUGAUUAGCAAGGGUUGCAUACAGGAUAUGUGGACCUCAGACCAGAGCUAUUGGGCCUUCCUCUCAGCAGUUCUGUUCAUGACUGUAAUAAGCAGUUGUGAUUUGCCCACAGGAGUUCCAAAUCCUAUACUAGCAGCUUUAGCUGACUUGUGUGAUCUCUCAGGGUAUAGAUCAUUAUUGUGUACUGUACAGUAAGUGUAGAUUAAUCCUGAAGGCUGUGUUUAUCAACUGUUACUUAUGCACACAGAAAAAUUAAAUUUAACUUUCUGCAAAAUUUAAGUUGAUGAUACUCACAAUUGCUGUAUGUCUGUGACUACAUUUAAACUUCAGUGUCUCCUGGAUCCUUAUUUUGUCUGUCAGUCUGUUUGAGAACACAGCCUUUCUGAGGCUUCAACCUUUUUUAAGGAAAAGUGCUGAUAUAAAGAAAGAACCAUGUACCUAACAUUUCUUAAGUGAUGGAAUAUUUCACAUUAAAACGAGGAACCAGAAAAUAGAUACCUAUCCAUAUGAUAUUGGGUUGACAUGGAUCUUACAAGGAAGAGAACAGAAUUUGAUCAGAAUGCACAUACUGAAAUGUCACGUUGAAGAAAAGAAAGGGUGGUGACGGAAGUCUUAACGUAAAAAAGAGUACAGAGUGUAAGUCACUAUAUACAUCACAAUAAUCACAUUAAUGAGAAGAUCUUCACUACUAGUAUUGAACCCAACAAAACUGAUGUCCCUCCGUAUGUAGUAAGGAUCAAGUUCUCAGAGAAAAGUAACAUAUAUGUUGUAUACGCUAUUUAACCCUUGGGCUACAUGCCCUCCAUAAAGCUAUAUGCUAGAAAUGCCACGGCUGCGUCAGGUAAACACUGCAACACCCAAAAAGUCCACAAUAUUGCCACUGGUUACCUCCAAACAACCACAGAUUUAGAUAGGGCACAAGCUUGGUUUUCAUGUCUAAACGUCAAUAUACUCAUAUAUAUAAUAAUUGAUGCCAAAGCCAUCUGUUGACAUAAAUGUUCUUCUAUACAAUUAAUCCCAACCCAUGCUGAGCCAGCCUCAUUAGCUCUGGCAGUUAUAUUGCAAGUAGGGUGAACUAAUCUAAUCUAAUCAGCUCAUGUUGUUCAAAAAGUUAAAAGAGUCUCCAGGCCUUUUUUAUUAUUCACAAAUGCCUAAACAUACUCUGAAUUGUAAUUUUUCUCAUUUGACUGAAAAGUGAUUUAACUUUACAAAUUAUAUUGGCAGAAAUAUUACAGUUCAUAUUAGUAUUCAAGACAUGGGUACAUGGUUCUUGAAAAUGGUGUCUCUUGGCAGAAUGUUACAUCAGGUACAACUAGAAGAUGUAGUGUGAGCAUUCAGUAUAUAUGUAAAGCAUUCAUCAAACUGAGUAUGCUUUCACAGUUAUUGCCGUGAAAGUUGUAUGACAGAAUAAUGCACAUAAUCAAUAUCUUAUAUAUUAAACCUAAUAUAUUCAGAAUUCCUUCUGCUUCAGUUGCAUAGCCUAGCCUCUUUUGUCUUAGCAAGUGACACAGAUAUUCUGGAAAUGAAGAAUUGUGAUGUAUACAUUUUCUCUCUCUCUCCCUCUCACAUACAUACAUAUGUACAGACAUAAACACAGACAAGGAUGCAUGUACAUACAAUAGAAAUAUGAACACAUGCAAUCCUCUUAACUGUGUGUUACCAGAUCACUUAAUUCUUGCCAUUAUAAUCUUGUGAGCAGAGUGUCUUUUAAAUUAAAUUAUAUUAUUCUAGCAGACGUCAAUUCAUAACAUUUUAAUUAAGAUAAAACUUAAAUAAUGCAUACAGUACUUGAAUAGUUUGUGUGAAAUAAAAUUUUUCAUUCUAGUCAGUUUCGUAUUGUAAUCUGUUGAAUCAACUAUGAAUCAGGGAUCAGUAUUAAGCACAUUAACCAGCUCAUUCACUCAUUCAAUUAGCUGUAAUCAUUCUCUGAGUAUGUAAAAGAACUACCUAGUUUAAUCUCCAUAACUCUAGUCAUUGAUCAGUUGUUCUUGCAAACACUUUGUCACAAUUACAAAUUACUUUCCAAAAUUGAUUACUGAUAAGGAGGAACUUCCAAAAUUAGGGGAUCUGCUAUUGCAUUCCUUUCAGAAGAGAAUGAACCUUGCCAACUUCAUUAGUCAUACCCACAGCACAGUUAUGUGUAAUAAAUCCAAAGAGUUCUGACAGUGUUGUAUUACAUUAGUAUUAAUGCAUUUCUGGACAUUGGCCACUGUCCUAUAUUUUAAAAUGGAACAUGAUGUUUUGGGAUCUGGGUCAGCUCCUAUCAUCAGCAAAUUCAGAGAGCUUAUCCCGGUCACUGGCCAUCCAGUGAUUGGGAUUACCUCUUCCUGUGAAACCCAACUGGGUAGGUACUCAAAGAUGGAAGCAGAAGCAACUAUCAGAAUAUUGUAUUCCAUUUUAGAACACUGGAUGAUGGACUAUGGCCAGAAAGGCAGUAAUAUUACAGUUGUGUAUGUGUCUCAUCUUUCUAGUGUCAUAUAUAGCUCACUUCUCAGCUGUUGCAUAAUAUAUAUUCUUCCAUCAAUAAAAAUUAGGCCAAUGAUUUUAUGGGUGCAGUGCCCUGCUCUCUGAUAUUGUGUCUAAAUUUGUAUGUCUAUAAAACUGAACUGUACUGUACUGUUACUUUGUAUAGUGUUAAAUCUGGUAAAUGUAUAAAUCAUGUGACAGUAAUCAAGGAAAGACAUUGUAUAUCAAUCAGUUGAAUCUUAAAUGACAGAAUAAACUUAAUGGAACUUUAAAUUUCACACCAUGCUUGUGCUGCAGGCAUAAUAGCACUGCACCCCAGGUUUACCUUGACAGACACAGGAUGAUGUAAACAACCGUGCAAGAAAGGAAUAAAGGCAUAUUGUGUGGUUCAGA